CUCCAAAUGGUAUGAAUUAUCUCCCCUAAAAAGAUGCAACUUCGAAGUUGUUGCUGAAUGUGCAAAUGUCAAAAGGCUGUCAGUAUGAUUCUACGAAUUUCUGCAUCAUGAUUUUGAGAAGAAGCCAGAUUCUGCAGGAUGUUGAUAAUUGAAAGAAAUAUGUCUGACUGUCAAAUAAAUGGUGUCUAUAAUCCAAUUAUUAAGUAACCAUGGUAACAGGAUGAAGAACCACAAUAUGGAAGAAAUGUUACAAAAACCUGGGAAUAUUUCUCAACAGGAAAUGUCAACCUACAUCCAAAACAGAAACUCAAAGAAUUAUGAAGAAUUCGUUUGUGGAUGGGGAGCAGCUUUUGUAAAUAUUGGGUUUACGUUCCCUAUUAAUAAAGUUAUGUUUCGACAGCAGCUUCAUGGCGUUAGAGUUUGCAAGGCUGUGGGGCAGCUACAGAAAGAAGGCAUGCGUCAUUUGUAUCGGGGAUUAUUGGCCCCUUUGCUUCAGAAAACUACCUCACUUUCGCUUAUGUUUGGAUCCUAUUAUAAAAUUCAACAUUAUUUGACAGUUGAACAUCCAACUUUACCCCUUCAUGGAGUUCGUAUAUUUUCAGCGUUAACUGCAGGAACUUUAGAAGCAGUGUUAUGUCCCUUUGAAAGAAUUCAAGUUUUAAUGCAAGAUCGUCAGUACAAAGAUCGUUUCGACAAUACCGCUCAUGCUUUUAAAGAAGUACGUAAAUAUGGAUUCAGGGAAUAUUACCGUGGAUUAUCGGCAGUCUUACUAAGAAAUGGACCUAGCAAUGUACCGUUUUUCUUGUUUAGAGAUUACGCCAUGGAAAAUUUGCCAAGAUCUGAUUCCCAAGCUGAUAGAAUUUCUCAGGACUUUUUCUGUGGUGCUGUUUUAGGUGCAACUUUAAGUACUAUAUUUUACCCUGUCAAUGUAGUGAAGGUUAAAAUGCAAUGUAAACUUAGUGGUGAUUUUGACAACUUUUGGACAGUGUUCCAAAAAGUGUGGAUUGAAAGAGACAGAAAGUUAAAGAAACUGUUUAGAGGUGUACACAUUAAUUUUACAAGAUCGUUUAUAUCAUGGGGUAUUAUAAAUGCAACUUAUGAAUUUUUAAUGAGGAAUAUGUUUGGUAGUAAUACAAGGCUUGCAGAUUCAAAAUCAUAAUAUAGAUUGGCGUUAAAAUUACUUAAUAAAUUUCACUCGACUAAUCAUGGGUAGAAAGACUGCAUAUAAGGCUUGAUAUAAAUGACCUACAUUGUACACUGUAUU